AUGCAAAGUUGUGAAAUCUCCUCAGACAGCACUGAUGAUCCUCUUAGUAGUGCCCUGCGUACACCUCGGCAGCCUCGAAUAGUCGUUAUCGGUGCUGGCUUGGCAGGCCUCGCUGCAACCAAGGUUCUGCUGAAGAGGGGCUUCACCGAUGUCACAGUCCUAGAGGCCUUAGACCACAUCGGUGGAAGAGUUCAUAGCAUUAAGCACGGUGAAACAGCUUUGGAGCUAGGAGCCACCUGGAUCCAUGGCAGCAAUGGGAACCCGGUGUACCACUUGGCUGAGGACAACGGGCUGCUGGAACAUACCACAGAUGGCGAGACGAGCGUGGAGCGCAUCAGCCUGUACACCAAAAACGGCGUAGCUCACUACCUGACCAACGUUGGCAAGAGGAUCCCCAAGGACCUGGUGGAGGAGUUCAGUGACCUCUACAAUGAGGUUUACGAGCUGACUCAGGAGUUCUUCCAGCACGGAAAGCCUGUGGGCGCUGAAAGCCAAAACAGCGUCGGCGUCUUCACACGGGAUGUGGUGCGCAAGCGGAUUACGAUGGAUCCUGAUGAUUCCGAGAGCACCAAGAAGCUCAAAUUGUCCAUGCUUCAACAGUACCUCAAGGUAGAGAGUUGUGAAAGCAGCUCGCCCAACAUGGAUGAGGUGUCGCUGAGUGAGUUUGGCGAGUGGACUGAGAUCCCUGGUGCACAUUAUGUCAUUCCGGCAGGCUUCAAUAAGAUUGUGGAGCUCCUUGCUCGAGACAUCCCUCCUCACACCAUCUGCCUUAGCAAACCAGUCCGCUGCAUCCACUGGAACUACUCAGCCCAGCACAACGAAUCAAUCGGCAAGAGCGAUGACGCAAUCCGGGACAACAAUCACAAUCGAAACGACAGAAGCAGCAAGGAUCCCCUCAAAAGAGGACAUCCCAUUUGCGUGGAGUGCGAAGAUGACGAGUGCCUCAUGGCCGACCACGUGAUUGUGACGGUCUCCUUGGGUUUUUUGAAGCACACCCACGAAGCCAUGUUCUCUCCUUCUCUCCCCGAGGACAAGGUGCUGGCCAUUGAGAAGCUGGGCAUCAGCACCACAGAUAAGAUUUUUUUAGAAUACACCGAGCCUUUCUGGAGCCCCGAGUGUAACAGCAUUCAGUUUGUGUGGGAAGACGAUGCCCAGCUUGAACAGCUGACCUACCCCGAGGAGCUGUGGUAUAAGAAGAUCUGCAGCUUCGAUGUGCUCUACCCGCCGGAGCGUUAUGGCUACAUGCUGAGUGGCUGGAUAUGUGGUGAGGAGGCGCUCUACAUGGAGCGCUGCGAUGAUGAAACUGUAGCGGAGACAUGCACAGAACUGCUCAGGCACUUUACAGGGAACCCUGACAUUCCAAAGCCCCAGCGUAUCCUGCGCUCCUCUUGGGGUAGCAACCAGUACUUUCGAGGGUCCUACUCUUACACCAGGGUUGGCUCCAGUGGCGGAGAUUUUGAGAAGCUGGCAAUGCCACUGCCUUACGCCAAUAGCACCAAGUCUCCGGGACUGCAGCUAUUGUUUGCUGGAGAGGCCACCCACCGCAAAUACUAUUCCACUUCUCAUGGUGCAUUGUUGUCCGGACAGCGAGAGGCUUACCGGCUAGUGGAGAUGUACCAUGAGUGGCACAGUGCUGACACCACGAAGCCUAAUAUGUAA